CUCCACGCUGCUCGGGGAAUUACUGCCCGCCAACGCUUGGGGUCUUGACAAAAGUUUUUCGGUGUUGAUAUUUGAGGGAUGGAUGUGAUUUGCAGUUAUCGAUAAACAAAUUUUUUCAUCGUCAACAUGGCCUCGUCCCUCGCCGCGCAGCUGUCGCAGAUCGCGGCAAAGUCGACAAAUCAGUUGAACCUCAAAGCGCAGCGCAUUGCGCACUCGCAGUCUCUUAUCUUUGACUGGAAGACCGCCACUACACAGGAUUUCGAUACCGUCUACCAAAUAUGCUUCGAAGGUUUCCAGGAGUUAUGUCAGCUCGAUCCUCGUUUCGCGUCGUUCGAGCGCACCAUCUUCAGCGAACAGAGCAAGGCGGAGGACCGAACAGAGAUGAACGCUGCUCAGAAUAAGGAGCUGGACACUGUUCUGGAGGCUUUCCUUGCCCUUGUUGGAGGUCAUUUGCUGCUGAGUCCGGCCGUGAAAGCCGUUGACUGGCUUAUCCGGCGUUUUCGGGUGCAUGAGUAUAACACAGAAUUCACAAUCCUCACUUUCCUCCCUUACUAUACCACCCCACUCUUCCUCAACCUCCUUUCGAUCCUGCCCGAAGACCUGACGCCGACCUUCAAAAUCCUCAACCCGUACAAGAAGAGCCAAAUCAACCCUCCACGCCAUCCUCUCGUGCACAGCGCUACUACCAACAAACACUUCCUCGCCGCUGUCAACAAAUACACCCUCCAAGUCAGCAAACAGCGGGCGCAUCACCAUGCGCUUUUGUCGUUUUGGGCGGGAACUUUGACCGAGGCGGUUGCGGGGAUGUUGGACUCGGCUCGUUCUGGCCGACGGGAACUUGAGAAGGAAAAGCAUGAGGAUGUUAUCAUGAAGGUUCUGCCGGUCCUCAACGACGGUCUGGCUCUGAAGGACGUCUCCGAGCUGGUGAUUGGCUGCUACAUGGUUUGCGUGGUUCUUGCACAGAAAUCUUCUCUCCAAGACAAGCUUCUCGAUGGACUGAUGGAGGCCGUUGCCGGAUCAUGGACGGACGAGACUAAGGAAUCGGGCCUGAUUUGCUUGUCAGUCCUGGCACAGAAGAAGCCCGACGCCCGGAUCCCCAAGCGCGCCCUUAAGGCGGUGCUUCGCUUGGAAGAUCCCGUGCAGCAGCUGUCUGCAAUCUCAGCACAGUAUCCGACAUCGCACUUGCUUCUUGGCUUGGUUGCGGGAUGUGUCGAUGAUCUCUCGAAGCAGAAGGAUUCAUCACGUUUGGAUCUGCUGUCGCUGUUGUUCGAGACCAAUCUUCUGGGCGAGCAGGAAGCGGGCCAGGCCAUCGCUAUUAUUCUCCAAUCCGUCAGCCGUGCUCAUACAGAGGGUGUGCUUUCCUUGGACGCUCAGACUCACCUCGCAGAACUUGUCCAGCACUUUACUCAGUCCGAAUCACUCCAACCCAUCUUCCAGAAAACGAUCGAGGAAUCCUCCAUCGAUGUCGCGGCACUCGAACAUAACCUACAAACUGUGAUCGAAUCUGUACCCACCACCACACCAGCCAUUGAAGACGUUGAGAUGGAAGAUGCCCAGCAAGAAGCAGUCGAAGAUAACUUUGCCUCUGUCCUUGAGUCAGUGGCAGGCAAGAAUUUGGAAGCGUCUGCUCUCAGUGCGCAAUCGAUGCCCGCCUAUGAGAGCCUGGUGCAGACCUUUGCACUUGCUGUCGGAUCCCAGGAUAAAUUGCAGGCUUUUGUCGACUUGCCUGGUCUCAAGAAGGCAGAUGCCUCAACAUCGCCACAGUACCUGUCAUUCUUUAUCCGCACUUUCUCCGGCUCGUACCCCAUCGGCACCAGGAUCACCGCACUAAACCAAAUCUCGUCCCUCCUUACAUCCGCUAAUCCUGAUGUCGAUCUUCAGGCACUCCUGCCAUUCCUACUGGUUGCUCUGGCAGAUUCCUCGGAGAGAGUUCGGCGCGAGGCAGCGGGCGUUCUGGCCACAAUUGGGAGCUUGUACAAGAAGAGCAAGAAGGGUGACGUUAACGUUUGGGCACGCGACACGAUUUACGGCAAACAAUCGAAGAACGUCCAGUGGAUCGCCGGCCGCGAUGUGCAGAAGAUCGUCGAGCGCGCCUUCCUUCCCGGCCUCGAGGAAUAUGUCCUCGAUCAAGCCCACAUUGGCCGGGUACUUGAGGCCACAUUGCGCGGAUCUUCAACUUCCGACUCUGGCGCAACGGAACUGAAGAAGCCCCUUCGCUUGAGCCUCUUCACCUUCCUCUGCUCCCACACUGUGCAGAUGCCCCUCUAUGCUCCAAAAUUGUCUUUGCUCAAGCUUCUUAACCGCGUUGAUAAGGCCGGCGGAACAACCCGUACCAAGGAACUUGGUCCGUUCUUGAAGACGUGGCGGGAUAUGAAGGAGCAGGCAGCCAAGGACGUCUGUGAACGGGAGCGCGUGUCUGUCGCAGAUGUCGACCGAGAGGCUGUCUUGACGGUCACCCCCAAGGACAAGGACGCUAUUACUUUGCUGUUGUCUAAUGUUAGCCCCUACUCGGAUUCCUUACGGCCUUCUUUCGUCACAGCCAUCUUCAACCGCAUGAAGGCUGUUUGGGGGACUGUUCCGGAGGAGCUGCAGGUCGACGCCGCAGAGAAGCUGUUCGAGAUCUCUCUCGAAGAUGUCCAGACUCCACUGGUUCACGGCUGCAGGGAAGUUCUUCGCAGUGUUGAACUCACCGGUUCUGUGCUUCUCCAAUUCCUUCGGAAGAUCCCCGUGUCUAUCACGGACAUGGAGUCUCUUGGACCGGCGCCCAAGCGGAGACGCACUAGUCAGAACAACAUGGUGGCUAUGACCAUCAAGGAUGAAGCCAAGCUCAGCCAGCUCAUGGAGAAGAUGACUUUCAUCCUGGAACUGGUCGACAGCUCGACCCCUGAGGCUCAUCCUGAGUUGGCCGAUGGAUUGUUCCAGACUUUGGCCGCACUUCAUCAUUUCAAGGCCCAGAUCCAGUCUGGCUUGAGCUACUUGCUGAGCUUGACGCUUGGCAGCCUUCUUGCCAUCGUCAAUCGGUCCAAGGGAACUGCAAAGGCUCAAUUCGACACCUCCGUUAUCCGGGCCGACCUCGUUGUUGACUGUGUUCGUACCACUGACAGCCCGCAAGUACAGAACGCAGCUCUUCUGCUCGUCGCGGGCUUGUCCGUCAUUGCUCCUGAAUUGGUUCUCCACAGCGUGAUGCCCAUCUUCACCUUCAUGGGCUCUAGUGUCCUGCGCAAGGACGAUGAAUACUCAGUCUCCGUGAUCGAUCAGACAAUCGAUCAAGUUGUCCCCGCUCUCAUCCAGUCCCUGCGCAACCAGAAGCGUGAUGUUGUGUCCGGAACUUCCGAGUUGUUGCUCAGCUUCACUGCUGCCUUUGAGCAUAUUCCUUCUCACCGCCGCCUGCGUUUGUUCCAUGCUUUGGUCACCAAGCUCGGAACUCAGGAGUUCUUGUUCGCGGUUCUGGCCAUGCUCGCCAAUCGGUAUGCUCUGGAUAAGGAUGUUCUCAUCCUGAUGACCGGGUUGGUAUCUGAUGCUAGUGCACCGGUUGAACUCAGCACAUACAGCAAAUACUUGGACCUGGUCAAGGAUUCACUCAGCUCCAAGCCCGGUAUCUCCCAAGUUCUUCUCGGCAUUGGUAGCGACGAUGGCCGCGAGCCCCAGAAGGUUGCAGUUGACUUGCUUCGCGCACUGGCUUAUCUGUUCAAGCACUCGUCUCUGAAGGUGAAGAUGGCCAAGGAUUUCGCAACAGAGGAAGACAAGGUUGUUGGACAGAUCCGCACGCUUUUCUCUCGCAUUCUGGAGCAGGUCCUGGCCAUUGGCGAAUCCAUGCAGAACGUCAAGCCUGUCAGCCAGGCCAGCGGCGAUGUUCUCAGCGCUCUGUUUGGUACCCUGUCGCUCGUGGACUUCCUCGACACGAUUGAGGUGCUGCUGCAACGUCGCAACGACGAACUGCGUCGUAAGGUUCUCCGACUUCUGGAAGGUCGCCUCCGUCAGAAUCCUGAACGCGACGGUGCCUCGCAACACCGCAUGCUCGACUUCCUGCCCACUCUGGUUAACAUCGUCCAGUCAUCGCCAGACAUUCUCCUUAAGCACGCUGCAGUGGCCUGUAUCGAUCGCAUUGCCGAGAAGUACGGCCGGAAGGAGCCGACCAAGGUCAUCCAUGCUGCCCAAGUGGUUGCUAGCGAAGCCUGCAUUGGACAGGAUGAUGAGCGUAUUCGCAUCAUGGGUGUCUUGUGUCUCGCAUCUAUGGCCGAGGUCCUUGGAGAGGCCAUGAUUCCCGCGCUUCCUGACGCCCUCAGCCGUUCCCUUGCCCUGCUCGAGCAGAGUCUGGAAGAUGAAAAGGAGAAUGCACGCCUGCACGACGCCGUCUUCUCUUUCUUCUCUGCACUUUUCAUCCAUAUCCCCUUCAUGGUGUCUGGCUCUCACCUGGACAAGAUUCUUGUUCUCUCUUACAAGUCUGCUGUUUCUGAGGGUAUUGAGGAUGAGAGCCGCGAAGAAGCUCUCCAACUCAUGGCACGCAAAGUUGAUGUGGCUGCUACAUUCGCUGCUAUCGAUCGCAACUGGCAGCAUGCUGUCAAGGCAGGCCCCGACGCUACGAGAGAGACUCUGGGCGUCGUUAGCCUUGCUAUCGAGAAGCACCAGAAGUCUGCGACUGUUAAGAACAUUUCAGUUCUCACCAGCAUCCUGUUCAAGGCAUUCGACCUGCGUCGCGAACAAGUAUCUCUGGAUACCCAGGCCAACUUCGAAUUGUCUGAUGUGGACGAGAUCGAGGAUAUCAUCAACGAAGUCACGAUCAAGAUGAUUUACAAGCUUAACGACACGACAUUCCGCCCUAUUUUCACCAAGCUGCUGGAGUGGGCGACCACUGGUGUUCCGAAGAAGGAUGCCCGAGGCAGCCUAGCACGCCUUACCACGUUCUACAGGUUCCUCCAAGUCUUCUUUGGUACCCUCCAGUCCAUCGUUACCGGUUACUCGAGCUACAUCCUCGAAAAUGUGGUCUCUGUCCUGGGCAAGGCGAACCCCGCGAACCAGGACACCAAGAGCCUGUGGUUGGCCACGAUGCGCAUGCUCAAGAACUCCUUUGAGCAUGACCAAGACGAAUUCUGGCAAUCCCCCUCUCACCUUACGGUGAUCGCACAGCCUUUGAUCUCUCAGCUCGCCCACGCCAAGAACUCGUCGACGGCAUCCAUCGUCAUCGCGGAAGCCGUGCCCGCCCUCACGGAACUCGCCGUUGCUGCCGAUUCCACCGACAACCACAAGGAGCUCAACAUGGUGCUGAUGCGUCUGCUCCGCCCCUCUGCCGGACCCAGCGGCAAGACCGCAGGCGGCGAGAACCCGCACACGCGCCUCGCUGCGCUCAAGGCCCAGCAGUCUCUCACGGAGCAGCUCGGCGAGGAAUGGCUUGCUCUCCUGCCUGAAAUGCUGCCCUACAUCAGUGAACUGAUGGAGGACGAGGAUGAGAAUGUGGAGAGAGAAGUCCGCAAAUGGGUGAAGCAGAUCGAGGAUGUUCUGGGUGAGCGGUUGGAUGACAUGUUGACUUGAUCGUGAGUACAUUUUACUAUCUAGACUUGGAUGUUUGGCGUACUUGGUUGGUGCUUGUAAAUAAAAGUUACAGGACUUUUCGUCGCUUUCUGUUCGAGUGAUCAUAUACCUGUUAUAUUAGACUAUUGAAGCCUAC